ACAAACGGGAAGAAGAGGGGGCGGAAGAAUGUGCAAUGAGCCACACAAGAUCAAUAGAGAGCGUGACAAAUGGCUCAAAGCUCAGAAUCCAAACUACAGCUGGUUCAGCGGCAUAUAAGAGCCUUCCCGGACUUCCCGAAGAAGGGCAUUCUGUUCAGAGACAUCUGUCCGAUCCUGAAGGAUGCAGCUGCUCUCUCAGCCGUCAUCGACCUGUUUGAAGACCACGUGAGGAACAAUUACAAGCAGGUUGAGCUGAUCGUAGGUUUAGAUGCUCGGGGGUUCCUGUUCGGGCCCAUGCUUGCCCAGAGGCUGGGUAUUGGCUUUGUCUUGGUGAGAAAAAAAGGGAAGCUGCCUGGAGCCACGUUGUCUGUGACUUAUGAUUUGGAGUAUGGCAAGGCAGAAGUAGAGAUCCAGGAGGAUGCCGUGGCUUCAGGACAGAAGGUUCUCCUCAUUGAUGACCUCCUUGCCACUGGAGGAACGCUGUGUGCAGCCUGUGAGCUGAUGGAGAAGCAGCAGGCCACGAUUCUGGGAUGCUUGGUGGUGAUUGAGCUCAAAGAGCUGAAUGGCAGCGACAAACUGAAACCACACAGUGUGUUCUCCCUGGUUCAGUACUGAGGAGCACUGCAGUCGACGCACUAGACACUGGGAACAAGUUAAACAUCGAUUUUAAACAUUUCAAUCAGAUGCUACACUGAUGGACUUGUCCAAUACAAGCCAUAUAUGCUGGGAUUUUUUUUUUGUUCUUACUGUUUCAUUUAAUUUCAAAAUAAUGUUUGGUCUUCAUCCAUAAUGUGUUAAAGCUGGUAUUGCAGGGUGGAGUCCAUCCACAGAGGUUUUGUGAUUAUGACAGGGAGGGAGUGAGCUUCAGCGGUUAAGGAUCAGAAUCUUUUAAUGAGUAAAAAGGAUGAAGAUGAAUGGAACAUUAAAAAAUGGACUGAAUGUGUCCCUACUGCUUGUGUCUUAAAGGUUAAAAUCUUAUGCUGUUAUUAAGGAUGGGUACCGGUAAGGUUUUAUCCGAUGACGGUGUCAAACUGGUACAUUUGAAAUGGUGCCAGUGCUUAAAGAAUUGAAAAUAUGCAAACUUUGUCCAAAAAUGUGCCUUUUUAAUUUUAAGGCAUAUUUGCAAGUUGAAGUUCAGAAUAUUAAUUAAAUUAUAUUAAUGCAACUAAGAAGAAAACUAAACAAUAUCAAAUUCAUUACAAUUACUAUGAUAAUUAUAUCAGAGUAAUAAUAUAUAUUACUUAAUCUACUAUAAACAGUGCCGUUAUGGUAUCAAGUAUCGGACUGACUGACUGACUAGUUGUUAUGCUAUUGUGAUGGAUAUAAAAUAAACAGAACUGAAAAUGUCGAAGAACUCAAGAAGAAAUAGUCUCUGCUCUCUCCUCCCUCUUAAUUCCACACAGUAACUUCAGGCGGAUCUAGUAUGGUGGCAACAGUAGCAUUCCAUUUAUGCUAUACUCCUGUAUUCGUCUUGCAUGUUCUUCAUUUUAGCAUUUACCAUACUCACUUCCAGCAGAACCUGGCUCCUCCUCUAGCUCAGUAGUCUGGUUGGGAGGCGAAUGGUGGCCCUGUGCUGGCCUGCUCUGUGGUGUCUGUCUGGGUUUCCUCUCUACCUCAGGUGUGUGAACUAUAGCUGCUGCUGGGCUUCUAACUCACCUGCUUCUCAUCUUCCAGUCAAGCCUCAAACUGUAUUUAAAAAAACUUCCAACUCUCCCGCUCAUCACCUCUUCUUCACUUUACCUUUUGUCAGUCUUGGAAGUGCAGUUCCUAAUGCACCUGCACUUCCUCUUUGCUCCAGGUGCAGCUUGAGCUCUAGUAUUCACCAGCCAGCUUCUUUCCUUUGCUUUUGUUUCCUUUUGGAACUGUGCUUCAGCUCUUGUAAACUUUCAUUAAUAAAACUCCUGUUUUUGUGCUUGAA